AUGCCCGAGUCCCGUCCGAGAAAGAGUCCGGCCCGGUCGCGUAAGGGGUGUCCGGAAUGCCGAGAACGCAAAAUCAAAUGUGACGAAACUCGGCCCGAGUGCAAGCAAUGCCUCAAAAGUGGGCGUGCCUGUCGUAUCAUCGAUGGACUCUUCCGGGCGCAUUCUCUUUCCAUUCCAACCAAAACCGAGUCGACAUCCCGUUUAAAAAAGUCUCCAAGGCCGACGCAGGAAGACAAUUCGUCCCCGAUCAAUGCAACUCCACGCGCAGAAGUCAAUCGCAGCACGGACGGUCCCACAACACCAGCAUCUACCUACGAUCACGCAUCGAUAGUCUCGCCGGAGAAGGAGAGGAGAUUGGUUCCCAUUGGAGGCUUACUGUCGCAAAGUUCACCACCAGGCACAUUCCAUGCGAUCGUUGAUACCCCCCCAAUCUCAUUAUUGCACUCUCCAAAUUUGCCCGUCAUUGCCAGUCCCGCGGUUACACAGAAUUAUCCAACGGUCGCCGGAAAUGCUUCUGAACCGAAUCCCACCAUCCUCGGUCCAAUAAUAGAGGAAAGCCACAAUGAUCGCGUCGAGGUUGCAUUUUUCCUUCGUCAAUUUGCGGACCUAGGCGGGCAAUGGAUUGACAUUUGUACCGGGCAACGGUCUUAUUUCAGUCAAUAUAUCAUCCAGCUGUCAAGCCAAAGCCCUCUUAUCCGCUACUCUGCCUGUGCGAUAGCUGCCAAACAACUCGGUCAAAUGAAGCAUUCGAGUCAGGCGACAGAGGCAAGCCGUCGGUUCAGCAUUUUGGCAUCUAGUAUGGUUCAGCCGAGCAUCGAUUUUGAGUGGUAUGGAGCAAAGUAUUACGAGAAGGCAAUUCUACUGAUGGCCCGUCAAAUCUCACAUGGGCAUUCCAUCAUCGAAAAUCAUCUGUCACCUGGUGACAUCUACCGCUCCCCUGGAAGCGAUAGUAAUCACUUUGACGAUCAUGAAACGACCUCAUCGGCAUUCCGAAUCCUCGCAGCCUGUAUCCUCAGUUCCUACGAGGAACUGAAUGCAACAAUGCGAGCCUGGACAAGCCACCUAGAUGGCAUCAACAAAUUACUACGUCCACACUUGGAUCUCCCGAUUUCCCCGAAUAACUUUUACCGGGUACCUCAAUCGCUACGGGCAUUGAAGGCAUCGUUCUGGUACUUUGCUUUAAAUGAUAUGCUGAAUAGCUUGACCCUCCGCCAAGAAUGUCGCGUUAAUGUCCACAAUGUCUCUCUUUGGCAAAGAAUGGGUGUGCCGCUCGGAGACUUUGGAGAGCUAGCACUUGAUCUGAUCGAUGAGUCUACUCAAGAAAUUAUAUUUUUUAACACUCUUGUCUAUAUCUUAUGCGAGAUAGUGGAUAAGGUCAAAAUGAACAACACGCUUUGGGACAGUGUUGAUAUAGAUCUAAACAAGUGGUAUAACGCCUUACCACCGGAAUUUCUCUUCUCGAUCACACAGCGCUCUUCAGCAACUACACAACACUCCCGCGAGACACCGGAGACAUGGUUCGGCUCCGACACCUGUGCCAUCGCCAUGGCGUUUUACCAUAUGGCACGAAUCCUCCAACUGGUCAAUGAACCCCCAAAAUCAGACCCGGUGCCAUCCCAGAAGCCGCAUGAUCUACUCAGCAUAUAUAAUGCACUUCAACGCGGCUUGAAUUAUCAUUCAACUGAGAUUCUCUCCAUAGCGGGUGGGAUGACCGGGAUGACGGUACAAAAGUAUAUGCUCCAACCACUCUACAUCGCUGGACGAUGUUUGUCUUUGGAAGAGGAAAGACGACAUGUUGUGGGUCUUUUGCGCCAUAUUGAGGCCUCUAUUGGCCUGGCUACUGAAUAUCGUGUCAGAGAUUUGGCUGAUGAAUGGGGUAUUUCUUAUCACUUACUGUCGCCGCAGGCGGAUGAUGGCAAUGUCAGUGUAAUAUAG